CCAAUUGUGAUAAUCGACUAAAAUUCAUAAGUAAUUUUUCUGGUUCUUAUGGAACUGCGAUUGUUACUGAAACUAAGGCAGCUCUAUGGACUGAUGGACGCUACCAUAUUCAGGCAUCAGAAGAAUUAGAUUUAAAUUAUUGGAUUUUGAUGAAAGAUGGCAUUGAAAAUGUGCCUACAAAAGAAGAAUGGCUCCAUUCAGUUUUACAACCAAAAUCAAGAGUAGGCAUAGAUCCCACAUUAAUAUCACAAUUGGCCUGGAAACAACUUGAGCAAUGUUUAAAAAAGAAUAAAUUAAUUUUAGUUCCACUUUUAACAAACUUAGUUGAUAUCACCUGGAUAAAUAAACCUACCAAACCAAAUAAUCCAGUUUUUUGUCUAGAUAUCAAAUAUACCGGUAAAAACUGGCAGUCCAAAAUUAACGAUGUAAUAGAUAUUAUAUCCAAACAUAAACCUUGCAAAGUUAGCUCAUUACUUAUUUCUGCUCUCGAUGAAAUAGCUUGGUUACUAAACUUGAGAGGAAGUGAUGUGCCCUAUAAUCCAGUCUUCUUUUCCUACAUGAUCAUAAAUGUGUGCCCAAUUAAGUUCAAGCAAGAAUCUACACAAUAUAUAAAUGGAUCCCAUACACGACCAGAAAUUAUCCUAUUUUAUGGGGAUGGAAAAGGAUUGAACGAUGAAGUGAUGGAUCAUUUGGGAAUGGAUAAUCUUGAAAUUAAGGAGAAAUUCAAUGUUAUGAUCCUACCCUAUUCUUCAGUCUACGCUUACGUCAAAAACAUCGAUUGGGUUGUUAUGGGAGAAGAUUACAAAAUCUGGGUCAGUCCUCAAACAAAUCAAGCCCUCUGCGAUUCGAUUCCACAUUCCGACCUGAAGGAUUCGGAUAUCGACCAUCUAAUCAUCGAGACGUGCCCUGUCAUGAACCUUAAAGCCAUCAAAAAUGAUACGGAAAUUGAAGGAGCUAAAAAAGCUCACCUAUUAGACGCCAUUACACUUUGCGAAUUUUUCGCGUGGUUAACGCUCAACGUUUCCUCGGCCUACCCUAAAAUUACGGAAGUGAACGCUGCCGCCAAAUUAUUGGAAAUCAGGACUUUGACUUGCAAUUCCGAACUUUCCAAACCGUUUAUGGGAUUGAGUUUUGCUACGAUAUCUUCGUCGGGACCUCAUUCGGCAGUCAUUCAUUAUCAUCCAAACGAAUUAACUGACCGCGCCCUAAGCCCACAAGAAGUUUAUUUAUGCGAUUCAGGAAGCCAAUACACGUAUGGCACAACCGACGUUACUAGAACAUUGUAUUUAGGCACCCAGGAACCUGACACGGAACUUAAGAAAAACUAUACUCUCGUUUUGAAGGGCCAUCUAGCUUUAACCCGGGCAGUAUUCCCUAAGAAUUGCAAAGGCUAUCGUUUAGACGUAUUAGCCAGGCAAUACCUAUGGGACAAUGGAUUGGACUAUCUGCACGGCACUGGGCAUGGCGUGGGAUCUUUCCUAAAUGUGCACGAAGGUCCAGCCGGCAUCAGCACCAGGCCGAGUUCUUACGAUUGUGAUGCAUUCGGUUUACAAGAAAAUAUGCUCAUGACCAUAGAGCCAGGCUAUUACGAGGCCCAAAAUUAUGGGAUAAGGAUAGAAAAUACUUGUUACGUGAUCAAAGCGAAGACUAAAAACAAUUUUAACGAAAUACCAUUUUUAACGUUCGAAUCCUUAACUCUCGUACCCUAUCAAUCAAACCUUAUUGACCAAAAGCUAUUGACCCAGCAAGAGAUAAACCAAAUAAAUGAAUAUCACCGGCUUUGUAGAGAUUUGGUUGGAAAGGAACUCGAACAAUUAGGAAAAUUAGACGCUUUGAAUUGGUUGAGAAAUCAAGCCAUGCCCAUACCUGAUAAGAAAAUUUCAUAAAUCCUAUAAUUUUGUUUUGUGAAUCAUAAAUUAUUUACGAAUGUUUAUAAAAUUUGCAUUAUAAGUAUUAAAUCUAUAAUUGGCAUUACUUGACGAGCAUCAUUUACAAUUCUUGGGUUAUGAUAAUUAUAAUAUAAUGUAAUUAAAUAAGGAUAUCAAAUGGCCCGUACUUAAUAUACAAAUUAUGCUAUAAAAGAGCGGGUGAAGGGAAGGGAGGAUAUAGCUAGA